GCCAUGGAGUUCACCGCGUCGCCUAAGCCUCAGCUCUCCUCCCGGGCCAACGCCUUCUCUAUCGCCGCGCUCAUGUCGAGCGGCGGCUCCAAGGAGAAGGAGGUUGCGGAGAACACCAUUAAACCUCUGGAGCAAUUUGUGGAGAAGUCAUCCUGUGCCCAGCCCCUGGGUGAACUGACCAGCCUGGAUGCCCACGGGGAGUUCAAUAGCAGUGGCGGUGGCAGCGGCAGCAGCGGUGGCGGCGGCGGCAGCCCUUCCUCCUCCUCCUCUCUGUGCACUGAGCCACUGAUUCCCACCACUCCCAUCAUGCCCAGUGAGGAAAUGGCCAAAAUUGCUUGCAGCCUGGAGACAAAGGAGCUAUGGGACAAAUUUCACGAGUUGGGCACGGAGAUGAUCAUCACCAAGUCGGGCAGGAGGAUGUUUCCAACCAUCCGGGUGUCAUUUUCCGGAGUGGAUCCUGAAGCCAAGUACAUAGUCCUGAUGGACAUUGUACCCGUGGACAAUAAGAGGUACCGCUAUGCCUACCACCGGUCCUCCUGGCUGGUGGCUGGCAAGGCCGACCCUCCGCUGCCAGCCAGGCUGUAUGUGCACCCAGAUUCUCCUUUUACGGGGGAGCAGCUACUUAAGCAGAUGGUGUCUUUUGAAAAAGUAAAACUCACCAACAAUGAAUUGGACCAACAUGGCCAUAUCAUUCUGAACUCUAUGCAUAAGUACCAGCCUCGGGUACAUAUCAUUAAGAAGAAAGACCACACUGCUUCUUUGCUCAAUCUGAAGUCUGAAGAAUUUAGAACAUUCAUCUUUCCAGAGACAGUUUUCACAGCAGUCACUGCCUACCAGAAUCAACUGAUUACCAAGCUGAAAAUAGAUAGCAACCCUUUUGCCAAAGGAUUCCGGGACUCCUCCAGACUCACUGACAUUGAGAGGGAAAGUGUGGAGAGUCUGAUUCAGAAGCAUUCCUAUGCCCGCUCACCCAUUCGUACCUACGGAGGAGAAGAGGAAAUCCUGGGAGAUGAAGGCCAGGCCACACAAAAUCGAGGGUCAGCCUUUACAACAUCUGAGAAUUUGUCUCUCAGCUCCUGGGUAUCGUCUUCAUCCAGUUUUCCUGGAUUUCAGCACCCACAGUCCCUGACUGCUCUGGGCACCAGUACAGCAUCCAUAGCAACGCCCAUUCCUCAUCCCAUUCAGGGUUCUUUGCCACCGUAUAGCCGACUUGGGAUGCCUCUGACCCCAUCAGCCAUUGCCAGCUCCAUGCAAGGGAGCGGCCCAACAUUCCCAUCAUUUCACAUGCCCCGGUACCACCACUACUUUCAGCAGGGGCCCUAUACUGCUAUCCAAGGACUGCGCCAUUCCUCUGCUGUGAUGACACCAUUCGUAUGA